UAUAUACAUGGCCUUGAUUCAGGGGGCGGCGCAAUCACAAUGCAAAAUGUGUCAUAGUGGAUGAUUAAAAGGCCCAGAAAAACACCAGAAAUGAAUAUUCUGACGAGUUUCAAGCACUGAUGCCCCUUCCUCCUCUAGUAUGGAUGAGAAAUCUACAUCUGAGGAUGAGCCUGUCCUCCUAACUUUGGAGCUUGUUCUGCUGGACCUGACAUGGAUCAGACUACCAAAGGUGGAUGAGGGUCAACUCAUCAUCCCGGCUCUAUGUUUCAAGAUGCUAGACUUCCCUUUAGUGACAUUCUCACCUCAGUAUGAGUCUGAAAGCAGCAAGGAUGGUGUUGUCAUCUACAACCAGGGCAAGUCGUGUAUUUUCCGCACUAGCCUGCAGUUGCUUAGUCAACAGUUAGCCACCUACCCCAUAUAUUCCUUCUUAAUGGAUACAGGAUGUCAGCCUGCUCCUAUGAUUGCAUUUGGUUCAUUCCCUCUGCAGACAGUCAUAGAGGACAUCAGCAAUUUCACCAAGGCUGGCUGCACUGACUGGCCCACUGUCAGUGCUCAGCGUGGGCAGGCUUACCUUCGCAACACGCGCGGCAAGAGGGUGGCGCUCGUCAACUUCGCGCUGCGUCUCAGCUGCCUGUCGGACUGCGGUGGUGGCGGCGCUGCGCCCGGCGCCACGGGCGAGCCGGCCGCAGCGGCUGCUCCCUGGCCCCAGUGGAACCAUCCUCUAGCCGAUGACGCGACUACCGUCGGUGGGAAGGCGGCGGCCGUCGAGUCGCGGGAGUCGCUCGAAUCGACGCGGGAGGUGCGCGUUUCUCGGCGGCCGGAGCGCGACGCGCUGUCGGAGGCUGCGCAGGAGGUGCGAGCGGUGCGUUUAGACCGGCCGCCGCCGAGGACUGGUCUCCCUGGAAACCGGCACGUCGCCUGGGGACUACAAUCACAGCAGCCGCAGCAGGAACAUAAUCACCUGCAGCAGCACCACCAGCAACCGCAACCGCACCAGCAACAGCAGCUUUACCAACAGCACCAGCAGCAGCAGCAGCAAAGCUGGGCUAGCCGCCCCGACGCCAGUCGACAGGGCCGACCGGCGCUGUUCGAACACACCCGCUUGGAGGAUGUUGACGAGUGCGCUCCGGCUGCCCCUCCUCCUCCGCCCCCCGUGGGUCGACCGUGGGGUGGUCGGCAGGGCACUGUCCCAGCCGCUGCUCGCUCCCGCUCCUCCAGUGCCGAGCGGGGCCCAGACCCUACCGGCGGCAGCUGCUGGCGGGCGCCGCUGGAGACCGACGAGGGUUCGCUGGCGUCUGACGCGUCCAGCGGGCCGAUUGUGACGCGCCUUAUCCAGGAGCUGGCCGCCAUGCAGCGCACUGGCGCUGAGAGCAAGCACGUGGCCGUGCAAACCAGACCGCUCAGGGAGCUGCUGGAGAUGAGAGGCCCGCCGCCGCCCGCGCCGAUCCGGCUGAGGGGGCGGCGCCGGCCGCGGCCGCCGCGGAUCCGUCGUCUGCCGCUGAUCUCCGAAGAGCCGGUCACGGAGGGGUUCGCUCGCCGGCGGCCGGCCGCGGCGGGUCUGGUGCACCGUCCGCCGCCGCCCGAUACCACAGUGGUGGAUCGGCUGAGCCGCGGUCAGCCAGUGACCGAGCGACGCGCCGUGGGGGGCCGUCUGCGCGCGCCGCCGCCCCGGCUGAGGCCGGUGACACUGACUCGGACCGCCCAGCUCCGGCUGGCGAAACACAUGGCGGAUGUGCGACACGACCUUCACGCUCAGGAGUACGGCCGGCGGCGCGAUCGGUGGCUGGCCGAGCAGCGCAGAAAGAUGGGCAGGACCCGGCCGCCGCCGCCGCCCCCAGAGGCGCUCUCUCCGCCGCGAGAGAUGUCGCCUCACUCUGCUCGCUCCGGCCCGGCGAGAAAGCGGCGGGCGCGACCGGGAGUGCCACACCCGCGAGUUAUCACCGCUAUGAAGAGCAUCGGUGUGCAGUUUGAGUCGGAAGGCAGCCCUCCGCCGGCUGAAGGUCGUAGUAAAUCGACCAAGACGGCUGUGACGGCCAAGAAGGGACGUGCUCCUUCACCCACUCCGUUCGUAGAACCCCGGUCGUCUCAGCCGUCGCGAUCGACGGAAUCACGCCCCGUCGUGAUCGACUUUAAAUCUCCACCCGAUCAAAGUACAGUGAAGACGCCAUCUGAAGGCCGCUACUCUACUGGAGCAAUGUCCAACCAUGAUGAGGCUGCCGAGCUGCUCGGUCUGAGUCGAGCCGACGCUGGUCCCCGCGGCGCACGCCGGUCUCAGUCUGCCACUGCGUCUCGGUCACAGGGUGACCCCGGCUCCCAGUCAGGAUCAGCGGUGAGGUCUCGCUCUGAGACGGUCGCCGGCCUCUCAGAAUCCCCUGUUGUGACGCCGCCCCGCUCGGCUGAGAGAAGCAAACCGUCUCCGACUCUCAUAGAUUCUGAGAGUGGGCAGCGGCGGCUGCACUCGGCGAGUUCGAAAGAACGUCAGGCUUCAGAGGGAGGGAAGACAGGUGCUAGUGCUACUAAGAGUGGCAACAGCAGCCGCAGCAGUAGCAGCAGCUCCCGAGGCAGCGGUAGUCAUGGGCGAAAGAAGUCACCAUCUGUCAUCGCUGAUAGUGGAGCAGCGCCUCAGGGUCCGGCAGGCGGGAGCAGCGGCGGAGAAUCACUCUCCUCCUCUACACUGCGGACGGAGCGGCACGUCUCUGAAGAGAUGGUGAGCGUCCCGCAUCGCUCACCGCCCAGCGCUGCCGCCUCGGUGAAAACUGAGAGCGCUCCGGUCACCGCCAGCCGGCGGACCAGCUCCUCGACCACGACGGCCACCGGCUCAGUCGCGCCGACUCGGUCUGACUCGGCAUCACAGGUGGGCGCGGAGGGCACCUCUGCAACACGGACGAGCUCAACGAGUAGCAGUGAGAGCAGCGAGGAUUCGUCUGACUCGUCAGAGAGCUCCAGUUCGGAAACGGAGACGAGUCAGAGCCAGACUCGGACCCAAACUUCGGCUACUCAGACCGGUUCUAGUGUGGGACGGGCGCCGACACCGGCCCGACGUGGCGGCAGGUCACCGGCCAAACCCACAGCUGGUGCCAAAUCACCCACCAAACCCACAGCCGGCGCCAGGUCACCAGCGAAACCUGCAGCCGGCGCCAGACCGAAGCCGGCACCCCGGGGGCCGCCCACCUGGCAGCGUGUUGAGGAUUCCCCUGCGGUCUCGACGGGAAGUUUCGGGCCGACCGGGAAAGCAGCAGUGGCGAGCUCUGAACAGGCCGGGAAGGCGGCAGCGGGAAGCUCAAAGCCAGGGGCGGCCAGUCGUUCGCGUUGCUCCUCCAGUUGUGACUCAGCAGAGAUCGACGCUCGUAUUGCCAUGUUCCUGAAGCAGAGUGGCGACAAAAAGGAGAAAGAGGAGCAGGAGCGUCGUAAGGAGCAGGAACAGAAGACCGUCGCUGCUGCGCCGCCCGGCGCAGGCUGGCUGAAAGGAUCGUCCCCUUCGCUGGGUGGCGUAGGGGCUGGUGCCGGCAGCGGCGGGCUCGGUGCCGGCAGCAGUGCUCUUGGUGCCGGCAGCGGCGGUGGCACCUCCUGGCUGAAGGCCUGGCGUGUGGACGAAGACAUCACCACCCCUGCGGUGGGCCGGCGUCCCAGCCGCGGUCGUCACACGCUACCUCAGCCGGCGGCCGGCCUGAACACAGACUCGGUGAGUUCGUACGCUCCGUCGGAUCUGGGGGGUGGAACAUUGAGCGACCUGACCCCUCCUUAGGAAUGGUACGGCCACACGGGGCAGUGACACUCAUUAGACGGCGAUGUCAGUGGUAAAGGGCCGAAAUCGCUGACAUGGCGAGCAGAGGUUUCAAUGCCAAUGAACGAAUAUUCUGGAAUGGAGUCGGUCAGUAUCCUCUCUGGGAUUUGACAUUCGUCUCCACGAGUGGGAACAAUGUCUUUUGACUGAGGAUAAAACAAGGGGCGAGACUAGGUGUGAAUGAUUUCGGAAUUAUUCCGAAAACAGGAUAAGCGUGGGGUUCGAAUUUCCGUUUAUUGGUACUUGCUUUUUUUUCUCAAAUUGUCGAUAUGAGUCCAUGGGAUCUGUGAUACGAUACAUAUCGCAUACAUAUUGUGGUCCAAUUAGAUCAUUGACUAUUUUCCGUCCAUUCAUCGAUGCAUUGUGCUCUGGAUUCAUUUUACGUGUACAAUUUCAUGACUGGGGAUAGUCAAUGUCGCGAAAUGUUCCUUCGAUACAUAGGUAUCUAGAAGCAACUGGUAAUAGCGAUCAGCGAUCUCAUAAUUUUUUUUUCAUAAAUUGUCACCUUGUGUGUUCAUAAAACUGCGUGUCACUGCGUGUUGAUGUAACCUUAAUCAUCAAGUUAGUUAUCGUUGUACGAUGAAAUAGUCAAUGAAUUGCUCCACCAUUGAACCAGGCACACUUUUGUGCGCAAUUUAUUUACCAAUCAACAUUUGACGAGUUGUGAAAGUCGAAGAAGGAAUGUUUGCGUUACUUAUUUUACGCCACUAAACGAUGCAAUGUGCUCAUAUCAAAGCUAGUCAUUGAGCAUUCUAGUCAUUGUCUGAAGAGUUAUUUUUGCACUAUUCUGGUGUUUGUAAAUCAAGAAUGUCACCAAAUAAAGUACAACAUCUUUAUUC